UCUCUUGUCUUUGCAGGCUGGUGUACUUCCUAGGACUCUUAACUGAGCAUAUUCCUCUGUAUUUACAUUUCCUACAACAAUGGACCGCUAUAGAUAUUUUAUCUUCAAUCAGAAGAGCAUGGUUGUCCUUGGGAUCCUACAGAUUGCUUGUGCUGGAGUGUGCAUUGUCAGUGGAUUCAUAGACACUACCUUUAGGAAAGUGACUGUACUGAGGAAUACAAGAGCACCUAUCUGGGCUGGAGCGGUUAUGAGUAUUCCUGGAGCUCUAGCAUUAUUUUCUUCUCAGAAGAAGAAUUCAUAUCUUGUGAACUUCUUAAUUGCAUCAUCUGUAUUGUCCUGUUUCACCACAAUUAUUGUUGUUGUCUAUGCUAUCCUGACAUUGGGCUUUGGUGAAGAUGAUGAUGAUGUGUUCCAUUCUCCAUACUGGGUUAUGCCUCACGAACACCACUACAUCCUUGGCAAAAUGGUUGAAGGAGCCAACAUAGUAAUAUUACUUGCAUCCUUCUGCAGUCUCUCUCUUGAUUUGAUCAUUGCUUACAUUGGUUGCAGAAGUCUUCCAAACUGUACAUGCUACGACAGUGUCAAUGGAAUGGCAUCCUUGGUACCCACUGAAGAGCAACAUUCACAGUCCAUAGAAUUAGUGUCUACCUUCCAAGGUGAAGAUGAAAAAACUGUUAAUGCUCCAGUGCCAUUUGUGAACCAUGAAUUGUCUGGAGAAGAAGAAGAAAUAGCCAAGCCGCCACCUCCUUACAUCAGAUUUAUUUGAAGUAGAUGUGAUGAAACAUUUGUAAAGAUGUGCUAUACUGUUUUCAAUGUAUUUUAUCUUAAACUUAAUGGUUCCUGCAAAUGCUUGUCAUGUGAAGCCCCAUCAUGAGUUCAUUAAAAUUAUACACUUUGUUUUAAACUAAUGCACUGAAUAAACUAUUUUAAGAAAAUUGAGUUCAACUGUUGACAUUUUACACCACACUUAAAAUAAAUUGUGUUUUGUGCAACAGCAUUAAUGCUAACAAGUUAUGUAUUAAUAAAGGGCUGCUUCCAUUUAACCCCAGUUGGGGACUCUCAA